AUGUUUCCGAGCGAUCUAAUUUCUGCAUUCUUCCUCCUGUCAGAAGUUUCCAUUGGACUCAUGGGAAACUCACUGCUCUCCAUGCUAUACAUACACGCCUUCUUAAGUCAGCCUCAUCUGAAGAAGCCCGUGGAUACGAUUUUCACACAUCUGACACUUGUCAAUAUUCUGAGCAUUGUGUUCAGGCUGAUACCAGAUGUCAUGGCAUCCUUUGCAGUGAGGAUCCUUUUCCAUGAUGCUGUGUGUAAGGCGGUUUUGUAUGCAUACAGUGUUACUAGGGGCCUUUCCAUCUGUACUGUCUUGCUACUGAGUGCCUUUCAAGCCACCACUGUCGGUUCUAAUCUUCGCAAGUGGGCGUGGCUUAAAUCCAAGCUUGAGUCGUGCAUUUUUCCAUCAUUCUUCUUCAUCUGGAUCAUCAACACAUUUCUCUAUAUUCCCAUGGUUGAAAACAUAAAAGGCCAAAUCAACUUCACUCUUGUGGGCUCUAGAAAUUCGCAGACAUACUGCCGAAGCAACCAGGUUCGCCAUCACACCACCAUGUCCCUUGUAACCGCACUAAUGAUUAGAGACAUCCUGUUUGUGUUUAUCAUGAUGUGGACCAGCCUCUACAUGGUGACCCUCCUGUUCAGACACAAUAGGAGAACACAGCAUGUCCACAGUUCCAUCUCUCCCCAGGCACCUUCUGAAAAGAAAGCCACACACAGCAUCCUUCUGCUUGUAGGUUUCUUCAUGUUUUUUUAUUGUGCAAACACUUUUGUUACCUUGUAUUUACUUUACAGACCUAAGAAUAGCCCUGUAUUGCAUCUCAUUAGUGGAGUUUUAUCAUCAGGCUACCCAACUGUUUGCCCUUAUGUUCUGAUGAACAAUAGGAAAAUUAUUUCCAAGUUCAUUUCUUCCUUUUCAAAUUUGAAAUGUAUCUUUCCUACAAGAGGAUGCCAUGGCUAA